GGCGAGGAAGCGAUUGACCGUGAUGGGAGGAGGAGGAGGAGGAGGAGGAGGAGGAGGAGGAGGAGGAGGAGGAGGAGGAGGAGGAGGAGGAGGAGGAGGAGGAGGAGGAGGAGGAGGAGGAGGAGGAGGAGGAGGAGGAGGAGGAGGAGGAGGAGGAGGAGGAGGAGGAUGGCGAGGAGGAGGAGGAGGAGAAGGAGGUGGAGGAGGAGAAGGAGGUGGAGGAGGAGGAGAGGGCACGCACGUGGCAGGAGAGGAGGCAGGAGAGCAGCGCGGAGCACGUGGAGGCGCCGCAGUGCGAUGACGCCCGCACGCGCCGCACAGCGACACGGACCAC